GCAUGCGCAGUCGUGUCUAGCUCAACAUAGUCUGGGAAGCUGUGUGCACUGCGAUCAUCACACUCUAUUCGGACACAUUUAUUGUUAUAUACAGUGCAUUUCCAAGCGGAGAAUACUUCUAUAAGGUCUGACUGAGUUGUCACUAUGAGUUUCUUUGGUUUUGGUCAAAGUGCGGACAUCGACAUAGUUCUGAAUGACGCCGAAACCAGAAAGAAAGCUGAGCACAAGAGCGAAGACGGCAGGAAGGACAAAUAUUUUCUCUUUUACGACGGUGAAACUGUAUCCGGGAAAGUCAACGUGAAUCUCAAAUACCCGGGCAAAAGGCUGGAACACAACGGCAUCAAGAUAGAGUUUGUCGGGCAGAUCGAGCUGUACUAUGACAGAGGGAACCACCAUGAGUUUGUGUCUCUUGUCAAAGACUUGGCUCGUCCCGGAGAGCUCACCCAGUCACAGUCAUUUGAGUUUGAGUUCACGCAUGUGGAGAAGCCCUAUGAAUCUUACACUGGACAAAAUGUCAAACUACGUUAUUUUCUGAGGGCGACAGUGAGCAGGAGACUCAAUGAUAUCAGCAAAGAACUGGACAUAGUUGUUCACACACUCAGCACCUAUCCAGAACUCAACUCCUCGAUCAAGAUGGAAGUAGGAAUCGAAGACUGCCUACACAUAGAGUUCGAGUACAACAAAUCCAAAUAUCACUUAAAAGAUGUGAUAGUAGGAAAGAUUUAUUUUCUGCUGGUUAGAAUUAAGAUCAAGCACAUGGAGAUAGACAUCAUUAAGCGGGAAACGACUGGCACUGGUCCAAAUGUGUACCACGAGAAUGACACCAUCGCGAAAUAUGAAAUUAUGGACGGAGCGCCUGUCAGAGGAGAGUCCAUCCCCAUCAGAUUGUUCCUGGCAGGGUACGAGCUGACUCCCACCAUGAGGGACAUAAACAAGAAGUUCUCAGUGCGCUACUACCUCAACCUGGUCCUUAUAGACGAGGAGGAGCGGCGCUACUUUAAACAACAGGAGAUAACUCUGUGGAGAAAAGGCGACAUUGUCAGAAAGAGUAUGUCCCAUCAAGCAGCCAUCGCCUCCCAGAGAUUUGAAGGAUCGUCUAAUCCAGAGAAGUCUCCCACACAAGACAGUGAAGAGAACAGCUAAAGCCCCACUGCAUCCGCCCGUGUGUGACUGUGUUAGCAUGUGUGUACGACUGACUGACUGCCUACAGAUGCUGAAUGUGAAGAUGUGUGCAUGUUAGAAAUGCAGCAGAUAUGAGGUGAAACACACAGUCUAUGUGUGUCAGGGAACAAAACAUAUUACUCCACUGAGUUUGUCAGACUGAUCACAACAUGCACAGUUAACAGUAACUUUCAUGUGGGCCUGUCCUGGUAACAUAUUGUCAACUGUGAUAUUUGCUUUAGAAAGUAUACAUGAUAAAUGAUGAUACUGAAACUAAUUUCGGCCACAAACACAAUAACCCUAAGGCAGAAUUAUAUAAAAGAAUUCCUUAAAGUGCACAAAGUAACUUUUCUUGUCUCCAUGGCGAUGUGGAAAAUAUAGAUGGUAGAUGAUUAUAUCGAAACUAAUUUAGGCCACAGACCAUAGACAGUAUAUAUAAAUGGACAUAGCUAACCUGAUAGCUGCUACGAUCCAAAUAGGAAGUGAUCAUGGGUGCACUCCCGGCUCCAUCGACUCUGGCUCCAAUUCACUUUUACUUUCCAAUUAGAAAACUGUUGCCCAUCUCUCUGUAACUGCUGUUGUCAGACUCGUCAUUUUGGUCUUAAAAUGUUUUUAUUAACCCGUUCUACAUGACCUUGGCAUUUUGUUUCGCUAUUGUGUCGUAAAUCAAAAUAUGAACAUUAAUAACAGAUAAAUUCAACCUUCAGCCUUGCUCCAAAUUGGCUCUUUGGUUUCUAAGAUACAGAUGGAAUUCCAAAUACGGAACUCUGCUCCAAAUUCCCACUAUAACUGCUCUAGCCUCGAUGAGCUUCAUUUGACUGGAGCCAAACGUUAUGGAUGAUGUCACACUCUCUUUGUCCACUUCUUUAUACAGUCUGUGCCACAAAAACAAUAUCCCAAAGCAUGAUUAUAUUUUUUUAAAAGUCAAUUAAAGGUGCUCUAAGUAACUUUUGUCUCCAUGGAGAUGUGGAAAACAUAAAAGAUAAAUGAUUAUAUUGAAACUAAGUUAUGCAAUGAUAAUGCUAAAGCAGUAUUAUUAAAAAAAUACAAUAUUGUUAAAAUCAUGAGCUGUAAUAAAUAAUUAGCAGAAUGAAACACUUUAGUCUUUAGUUUGUCUCUAUAAUGAGUCAAAGAAGUUAUUUAUUCAACUCUACAGCUCAAACCUUAAAAACAGAAAAAUCAAACGUUCCCCACGAGUACAGAAAGAAAAAGUAGCCACUAUAAAUUCUGACCCCAAAUAUUAUUUUUCCAUCUAUCAGUUACAGAACUCAAUGUAGUAAUUAUCGUGACAGGCCUACUUUUAUUCUUCAGAAUUUCUUCCAUGGGUCAUUACAUUAAAACGAACGUCUUUUUUUUUUUUUUUUUAUGUCUCAAUGCAAUUAUGUAAUGAUAAACUGUUUAGGUGCGUUUUUCCAUGUAUUUUUGACUAGAGUGUAGCUCAGUGCAUUAACUGUAUCAGAUACAGUUUGCCUUAGGGUGAAAUGGAUCAUACAUUACCUAAAAUGUGGAAAUUCACUGCCAUGCACUUGCUAACAAACAUGUCUUUCUAGUUUCACAACUUUGGCUUUAUUAACAAGCAAAAGGAGAGCUAUUUUUCAUACAUUCCAGUGCGUUUUCCAAGUACUAGCUUUUAACAGUCCAUUGAAACAGCUGUGGUGUGUUGGAUUGUGGGUGAUGGAGGAUAAUGGGUGACUUAACACAGGCUGCUACUGCUGCUAAAAAGAAAGUGGCACUUGUGAAUGCUGUGGGAUUUGUGAUGGCUUCCAAGCACACUUAUGCACUAUGCUCCACGUUAGCCUUCCUCUACCUGCUCUGUGUAGGGGAAUCUGUCCCCUACUUACAAUAUUACAUAUACUUUUAUGUAACUUAAGCCCACACAAUUGCUGAUCAAUGAACUGCUAGUUUCUGCCUGCACUUCCACUGACUGUAGUGUAGGAAGAUAGGGAGCAUUGUGCCUAAAAGGUUCUAUUGCCAAAAUAUCCCAUGCUAUAAACAGACAGCCGGUUUAGCCUUUAGCCUAAUCUUAGCUUGGUAGCCUUUUAGAAAACUCUGAAAAAUCUGAAUGUAUGGUAACACUUAAUAACUAAUGACUAUAUCUUAAUUAGCUUUAAAAUAACAUGAAGAAAGAUGUACUUCAAAAUCAUGAAAUUGUUUAUUAAAGGGCCCAUAUUAUGCUAUUUUCUGAUCUAUGUUAUAAUAUUGUUUCCUCAUUACAAACACACCUGGAGUUGUGGUUUGUUUCAUUCGCACAUUUUUAGCACACAGAACCUGCAUAUUCAGGCUAUAUUUUUCUCUCAAACUGGAAACACUCUGUUCCACCUUAUGAUGUCACAUGGUAAUGCAGGACAUGCUCUACUGUGUUUUUAAACUCCAAAGACUUACUAGAAUCACUUUCAUAAUUACAGCUCUGGAAUUACCAAUCUCUGCUGAACUAAAGGUAAAACGUAGAUGUUAACAUGAAAAUUAUCUCUUCAUGACAUCACAAGGUGGAGCAGAGCAUUUUGAGCUUUGGAGAUGUGGACAAUAAAGGGUUACUCAAACGUGUGAAUGAAACAGAACACAACUCCUGGGAUGUUUUUGAUGGCUGAAACCUCAGAAGAGUCAAUUUUGCGUAAUGUAGGACUUGUCCCAUAUUUAAUAAAUAAACAUAAUACCCUAACCCCUUAGUUCAGUAGUUACUAAGCCUGAAUCAUUGUUCGUUUGUUAAUUGUGAAAUAGGUCUUUGUUUAGGUUAAUUAAGGUGGACAUAUUAUAAAGUGGUACCAAAUUCAAGCUGCAACUUCUUCAGGCAACAUAAAAAAAGCACCAUUGCUAUUUCUCACUACUAAAAUGAUUUCAAAAUUUAAAACGCACUGAAAAUCGGCCCUACCAAUCUUUAGCUUGAUUUUAAAAUUCUCAUCGCCUAAGCUUGCAACCUUCUUGUGAAUAGGCUGUGUGAAAGUAAAUCACUGUGUAAGACAUUUUGUAUUUUAUAUAUAAUUUUGCUAACGCAUCACUCGACAAAGCUGCUGUUUUGGUAACUAAAAGUAUCUAUAACACACCAGCUCCCUGACAGUUUUACUUUCAGUUGAUCCAGACGAGAGAAUUGCGUUUUCAAACCUCACUCCAUCAAGUCGACAAGUUCAUUUGCAGGCACAUUAAUGAGAUACGAGAUAGCUUCUUUAUUUUAGCAGUAAAUGCACUAAUACAAUCCCAUUAAUGAACUCCACAAUGUUCUGUUCUCCAUUACGUGACUCUGCUGUUCUUUUUGUCAAUAAUGGUACAGAUCUAGUAGCUAAACUCAUUGACUUUGUAUUAAAAAUCUAACAGAUAUUAAGUGCACAAUGUAAAUCCAAGCCUUUUGUUCGUUUCCAUGUUUUUGUCUCUAUAAAUGUCGAAUCAUUUUAUAUUCUGUUUUAUUUUGAAUUAAAAGGGAGUUAACAGUGAGCUGUUUCCUCUAUUCAAUGAAGAACUG